AUCGGGUAGAAUGUAUCCGGAGAUGACAGUUUUUUUGUUUUUUUUUUCAUUUAGAGAAUGGCGACUGCUGCUUGCAGUUCGCACAGUGCUUUGAAUAAUAGCAGUAAACCUCUUAAAGAUCGUCAGAGGAAAAGUAGAGACUCCCGGCGAAGGCAGGCCGCCCUGUCUUUCCUAAACAAUAUUUCUCUUGAUGGACGGCCCAUUUAUCACCUGAGCAAUGGUAACUAUAACCACAAAAACAGAGAGGCCGAGAUCCAGGAUAAAGAAGUCGGGGCUGCAGCGACCAGCUAUGGAACCGUCUUACCAGCCGCCUUGAGCGGCGCUUCUGCUACUCAAGCGCCGAGGAGCGGUGUUGUCAACGGACCCCCGAUUCUGGUCGUUCCCAGUAACUCCGAAGUUAACAGUGUUUUUGGCAGUGAGGUGUUUUUAGAAGGAAGCGGGGUCGGCCCUUUAACACAGCAAGGAACAUUUCUUCUACUGUCACCGAGCGGUCUGCCACAAACUCCUCUCCUAGGGAACUGCUGUACCAAGCCUCCCACUCUACUCUCAGUACAAAACUGCAACACUUUGAAUUUAGACACACAGAAGCACAGAUCUAGGAAUUGGUCAGGUCCCCUACAUCCCAGAGGUGUGAAGAAAGUUCACUUUAUCAAGAAUAUGAGACAGUAUGACACCAAAAACAGCAGGAUAGUUCUUAUCUGUGCCAAAAGGUCUUUGUGUGCUGCAUUUUCAAUACUGCCUUAUGGAGCAAGUUUUCACAUCAGUGACCCCAAGCUGGACGGGCAGAGGCAGCGGCACUCUUCAGGUGGCACAGCCUCCACCACAGAGAUGGUCCCAAGACUGGAGGGAGUCGAGCUUGGAGCCGACGGAAAGACCGUUUCAUAUGCUAGAUUCCUGUACCCAACCAAUGCAUUGGUUAAGCAGAAGAAUCCACCACCUGAAAUUGUCGUUCCAACACCACGUGCCAAUGUUAAUAGAAGUUUCACUCCAGCAAGGUUCACCAGUACUUCUACAGCCACAGAACUAGGUGACACUGGAGAUGUGGCAGAAUAUGAUCCAAAUCUCCUCAGCGAUCCUCAAUGGCCCUGUGGGAAACACAAGAGGGUCCUCAUCUUUGCGUCCUACAUGACGACCGUAAUAGAAUAUGUGAAGCCAUCUGAUCUUAAAAAAGACAUGAACGAAAUGUUUAGGGAAAAGUUUCCUUACAUAAAACUUACACUGAGCAAGAUAAGAAGCUUGAAGCGGGAGAUGCUGAGAGUGGCAGAGGAGUGCAGCCUGCAGCCGGUGACGGUGGCCAUGGCAUAUGUCUACUUUGAGAAGCUGGUGCUACAGGGCCGUCUCAACAAACAGAACCGGAAGCUGUGCAGUGGGGCCUGUGUGCUGCUGGCAGCCAAAAUCAGCAGUGACCUCAAGAAGCUGGAAGUCCAGCAACUCCUUGAUAAACUAGAAGAGCGAUUCCGUAUAAACCGAAGAGAAUUGAUACUGUUUGAGUUUACUGUCCUUGUUGCUUUGGAGAUGGCCCUCUAUCUUCCUGAGAGCAAAGUAAUGCCCCACUAUAGGCGUCUCAUCCAGAAACCUUAGUCCCAGUCGUGCUUCUGAUACAGGGCACCCCUGAGAUGCUGCACUGUAAAAAAUAAACUACCAGAGUUUUAAAAAGCUUUCCCAAACUUGCCAAAAAGCAUGAUACCAAUAAUAUGCACCUUAUAACAUGACCAUUAUUCCGUCCAUUUUGCUGUCCAGAUUUAGCAUUUAGUCUCCAAAUUAAAGAUAUGAAAUGCAAGAUGCAGGUGUUAUGUAGCAAAAACCCAGCAUUUCUUGAAGCAUAAGGAAUGACCCAGCUGAGUUGCUGACUUGUGUGUAAUCGUUCCUUGUAUUUUUAUGUCCUGUCAGUUCUCAUGUUUUAUGUACAAACAAUAUGUUGAACUUCAUUUUAACUGAAGUUAGUUCAUUACUUCCAGUAAAUGGAACAUUUUAUGACUACUAAUAUUUUUUAAUCAUAAAUUAGGAAAUGUUCCCAAAUAUGUGUUUGCUGAAGUAUUCUAUAUGCAUUUCAAUAAGUGUUUAAUAAAGAGUAAUCAAACACUUAGCCUGUAGGGUUAGGGGUUUUAACUAAUUUUACCAGAAUUUUAUUUUGCUAUAAUUUCUGGUUUAGUUAGAUGUUUAUUUGUUUCAGAUUUAGUGCCAUUAUUUAUGUUCCUAUUUUUUUAUAUUUUAUAAUUUAUAUAUAUAAAAAAACAUAUGCAAGUUCUUUUGACACUCUUUCUUUCAGUGAACUGUUAGCACAAACAAAUAGCUGCAAUGAAAGACAUUAACUGCAAAGAUUGAAUGGGGUGCAAUUUGUAAAAAGCUUGCUCUUCCAAAUCUGGUUCUAUGGACAUGGCAUUUUGUUGCACACCCAGUCCAGCACUCUAUGUUAGAGAUGUUACAUUUAAGCACAUUUUAUAGUGCUAUGAUGUUAAAACUUCAAUAAUGUUGUACUUGUCAGUCUGUUUUAUUGUUAAGCUGUGUGUUUUGCAGUAUAUGGCAACUCGAUAUUUGGGAUUUUUAAAGCCAACCCCCCCCCCC